GCUCCAAACAAGCUUGAAACGAGCCGAACUAGCUUGCGUCUCGAGCCUUUUGGACAGCUCUGUCCGGCGGGCGAUGAUAUAAGGACAAACAGCGCUCUACAUGCCGAUACUCCGUCCCAUUCUUCCGCAAGUCCAACAAGUCAAGAUGUCCUCAUCAGCGCCAACAGGUGAUUCGCCGCCGUCGCGGACGCCGGAACAGCGCGUGUACGACGAACACCGCGUUUCGGUAGUCCAGGUGACGUGCGUGCUGGUUACCAAAGAAGGCAGGAAACUUGGCGUGGGAACUGGCUUUGUUGUUCACAACGAUGGAGCGUCGUGCUUGGUAUUAACCUGUGCCCACGUAAUCGAUCCUAAGCGGAGAGGAACACAGCCUAAGGAACUGUCCGUUCGGUUUGGUGCGGAUCAUAUCGCCUCUGCUCGAUUGGUGCACGUCUCAGAACACGUUGAUCUUGCUCUGAUCCGUGUCCAAGGGGCGCCUAACUGCAUUCCUCUGGGAUUCUCCGAUGAGGCUGAUUUGUCUGGGAAGGAGGUUGUCGCGAUUGGAUUCUUCGGACUUGACGGCACCUCCAUGUGUAUUGAUCCGGGAACAUCGCGCGGCCACAUACUGGGCGAAGCAGUGGUCUUUCCAACAGAUUCUGAUGAUCUAAAUGAAUUCUCCCCUACCAAUUUGCCGACGGCGAAAGGCAUGUCAGGCGCACCGGUCCUCCUGGAGGAUAAGGUGGCCGGCGUCCUAUGCAAUAGUGAUGCUGCGGUUAUCAAUGUUAUCUAAAUAGUUAUGAAAAAAUUUUAAAAAAAUUGACAUGAUAGGUUAGUAUGUAUCACUUCACAAGCAUGCAAGUUCAAAUUCAACUUCUACAAAUUGUAACAAAAAUAACAAAUUUGACUGUAAAUAUACAUAUACUAGUUAGAGUUU